AAUAAAGUAUUUUUGAAUUGAAUUGAAAUUUUCCAAAUUUAAAUUAUAACACUUGAAGGCGAGGGUACAGAUUGAGAAAUAUUGCAUAAAACUUAAAAUAAAAAUCCUUGUACGACACUUUAAUGCGAUGAAAAUGUAAGUUCGUCUCUUUUCUGUGUGACAAAGUAUCGUUUAGUGCAAACCGCAGUAGAAAUGGGACGGGAAGAAACGAAACUCAAACCAUGAAUGAAAACCAUAACACACAUUAAAUACCUCAUCGUUACUUUGAAGGACACUCCCUUUAGGUCCGCUGCGAUGCUUCGCGAUGCCGGGAAACGAAACCUAACUUGAUGCUCCGAAAAAUAUCCCUAACAGUUGUUUCUUGUCCAGUAGCUCUCGGUGGUUCAGACUGGCUGCACACGGCAUACCUCUCUAUAUCACCGUCUUUUCUGUUUGCAUGUAUCUUGUUUCACAGACGACAACAUCAGAGGCAAUGAAUACACUGAACCAGCAGUAUGAGGAGAAGGUGCGUCCCUGCAUCGACCUGAUCGACUCCCUUCGCUCCCUGGGAGUGGAGAAGGACUUGGCCCUGCCUGCCAUCGCCGUGAUAGGAGACCAGAGCUCGGGGAAGAGCUCGGUGCUGGAGGCGCUGUCAGGGGUGGCUCUGCCAAGAGGAAGCGGCAUUGUUACAAGAUGCCCUCUCGAGCUGAAGAUGAAGAGAAGGAAAGAAGGUCAGGAGUGGUAUGGAAAGAUCAGUUACCAAGAACAUGAGGAGGAGCUAGAUGAUCCUGCAACUGUAGAGAAAAAAAUCAGAGAAGCACAGGAUGAAAUGGCUGGAGUCGGUGUGGGGAUUAGCGAUGACCUCAUCUCUCUGGAAAUUGCUUCCCCAGAUGUUCCGGACCUGACUCUCAUCGACCUUCCUGGCAUCGCCAGGGUGGCUGUAAAGGGACAACCUGAGAACAUUGGUGAUCAGAUAAAGCGACUCAUCGAGAAGUUUAUUAGAAAGCAAGAAACCAUCAAUCUGGUGGUGGUUCCAUCCAAUGUGGACAUUGCCACCACAGAGGCUUUAAAGAUGGCUCAACUGGUGGAUGGUGAAGGAGAGAGGACUCUGGGUAUCUUGACCAAGCCUGACUUGGUGGACAAAGGCACAGAAGAGACUGUGGUGGAAAUAGUCCACAAUGAAGUCAUUCAGCUGAAAAAGGGCUACAUGAUCGUCAAAUGCAGAGGUCAGAAGGAGAUCACAGAGAAGGUGUCUCUCACUGAAGCAAUAGAGAGAGAGAAAGACUUCUUUAAAAAUCAUGCCUAUUUCCACACUCUGUACAACGAAGGUCAUGCAACUGUUCCCAAACUUGCUGAGAAACUUACUCUGGAGCUGGUGCAUCACAUUGAGAAAUCUCUCCCAAGACUGGAAGAGCAGAUAGAGGAAAAGCUGAAGCAGACUCAGAGGGACCUGGACCGAUAUGGUAAUGGACCCCCGUCUGAUGAGGCAGAGAGACUCUUCUUCCUGAUUGAUAUAGUGACAGCAUUCACCCAGGAUGCCAUCAGUCUGACCACAGGGGAGGAGCUGAAGUGCAGAGAGGGACUCAAUGUCUUCUCUAUGCUUAGAAGAGAGUUCGGGAGAUGGAAGGCCCACCUGGAGGACUCAGGACAAAACUUUAACAGAAAAAUUGAAAGCGAGGUGGAGCAAUAUGAAGAGAGGUAUCGCGGAAGAGAACUACCAGGCUUCAUUAACUACAAGACCUUUGAGGUGAUGGUCAAGGAGCAGAUCAGACUGCUAGAAGAACCAGCCAUCAGGAAACUUAAGGAUGUCGGAGAUGCUGUCAAGAAAACCUUCAUUCAGCUGGCCUACGAAAGCUUCACAGGAUUUCCUAAUCUUUUGAAAACAGCCAAGGCAAAGAUUGAGGCCAUUAAGCAGCAAAAAGAAUCUGUUGCUGAAUUGAUGCUGAGGACCCAGUUCAAGAUGGAGCUGCUCGUUUACUCCCAGGAUAAGACCUACAGCAACAGUCUGACUGAGAGCAAAAAGGAGGAACAGGAGAAUGAUGACGACUCCAUUUCAGAAAGGAGCACUGUCUUCUGCAUGGAUAACCAUGCAACACUUCAAGAGCUGAUGGUGCAUCUUAAAUCAUAUUACAAAAUUGCGGGAAUCCGCCUGGCCGACCAGAUCCCCCUGGUGAUCCGUUACGAGAUGCUGCAGCAGUCUGCCGUGCAGCUGCAGAGGGAAAUGCUGCAGAUGCUUCAGGACAAGGAAAAUGUGGACUUCUUGCUGAAGGAGGACUAUGACAUCGGCAGCAAGAGGGCUGCUUUGCAGAGUCGCAUGAAGCGCCUCACGGAGGCCCGUUCAUACCUGGUGGAGUUUUAGAAGUCAUGCCAACUACCAGGAGGGGUACAUCUUUUACUUUAAAUGUAUAUCAUAAGAUGCACCCUUCUUAAAAGUUUUAAAAGGCCAGCAUUUUCUGCACUGCAGUGCAUAUUCAUUGUAGGAAAUUAUUAUAUUGUGAUAUGUAUUUUAUGGCUUAAUAUUUUGCAAAAUAUCCCAUAAGGCACUACUAUUGUCACAGGCAAAACCUAGAAGUAGGUUUAGUUUUUUCUAUAGUAGAAAUUUGCUUUACCAGAAUAAUUGUCUGAUUUCAAUAGUCCAGUUUAUUGCAGGAAAAUAAAAACAUUUAAGCAAAUUAAA